CCUUACCUUACUGUACGGGCAGGGUAUGCUAUCGUCGCCACCACUCACUCCUCCUCCUCCUCCCACUACUACUACUACUACUACUGCUACUACUCCUACUACCACUUCCGCCGUCUCCGCCGCCGCCGCCGCCAAGACGACUGUCGCUAUCGCCCUGGACCAAGCAGACCCACUCCGCUGGCCUGUGUACCAACGGAGUUGCAUUUAACCGAAGUCCCUCACCAGCAUCUGCCGCGCUCGGAGGCGUACGCCGCAUAUACCUGGACAGGAAGAGGCACACGCCCGCUCUGUCGUCGUCGUCGUCGUCGAUCACAUCUCUACGGCUGCUCUUUCCUCGCACAUCUCCCGCUCUUUUGUCCCUGACCCAUAGAGCGCUGUAAUUAACAGAGAGGUGUGACGACGUCCAGUUAUAUCUUCACAGAGAGGUGUACCGGAGAGGGAGGUGUCCAUUGUUUGCCUAACCCACCCACCCACCACCACCACCACCCACCCUCGUCCUUCAUUGUGGCGUCGACGUCCCUCCGCCAGAGGAGCAAUACCGCUUCCCAAGUCGAAUCCGGUCCACCGACGGUCGCUUUCAACCUGGAGGAAACGAAGGACUGGCAUUCAGAGAGCAGUCGCUCUUCUGAUGCCGAGGAGACGGACGCCCACGCAUAUCCACACCCGAAAGCUAUGCGACCGGCACCGAGGCUACGAACGUGGAAUCCUUUCCGCCUGCUCUCCAAAAACAGCUUCGUAUACCAACAGAUACCCUCUCUCUCCGCCGACAGUCUCAAUGCUGUCGCGCGGGAAUGGCCGCAGGGCGGAAUCCCGUGGAGGGAUGGGAAGCGGAGGAGAUGCGGUGUCGGGCGAAUCUCCUUCACUCGCACUCUAUUUCUGGCAGUCGCUGCCCUGUUCGCAAUAGUGCUGUUGGGCGGUGGAGGCUACCACCAGAGAAGAAAGUGGCAGCUGGACCGGGAACGAAACCCGGAUGUGCCGUUUGAGUGGAUGCACUAUUCACGCCUCAAUGGUUUUUACAAUGGCGUACGGACCCUCGUGCCCUACUCGGAAUGGAUCCCGGAGAACUCGUGGAACAAGAGCGCACCCAACACAUAUGUCAGCCCCGAAGACUUGGGGAGACAGCGGCUUUCCGCUGAGCCACCCAUGGAUCCGGUCAAGUUCGACCCUUACCGUGAGCACCAGAUCCAGACGUGCUUCCUAGACGAGGAGGAGAGGACACAGGUACCCGACGUAUACGCCUACCCCGGCAUCCCGCAGCACAUGGCGAAGCCAUUCUAUGGCGACUACGAAACUCUGGGCUUGGACGAUGGAGUGUGUUUCGAGCGUUACGGACGGUAUGGACCCUACGGCAUGGGCUACAACGAGACCAUGGGGGGUCUGGGACCAGGCGUGAAUGCAGAACACGCGGGCAGCGACAAAGUCUGGCAAAAGAUGGGUUUCGUCAACUACACGAAUGUGGACUGGGGAAAGGCGCAGGAGAGAUGCGUCAAGAAGAACGCAGAUCGCUUCGCGGUCAACCCGACGACUCUCACAAGAAAGAGUGGACGACAGGCCUAUGUGCUUCGCACCUGGACGGGAUUCGAAUAUGGCCCCAACCAGAUGUACGCACUGAGAGCAAUGAUCUCGGAGCUGAACCUCAAGUCAGGCGGCGAGUAUGACGUCCACUUUUUGGUGCACGUCAAAGAUAACGGCAUCCCCAUCUGGGCCGAUCCGCUCGUGUAUCAGGCGACACUGGAGGCGAAUGUUCCCAAAGAGUUUUGGGGGUUGGCAACACUGUGGUCAGAGAAGCAGAUGGAAAUGUACUAUCCCGAGCCAUUUCCCGACAACUUUGCGAACAUGGCGGGUAGCAGCAUACAUGGUGUGUACCGAAGCGCUCACUUUGCGCUGCAAUGGUUUAGCCAGCAGCACCCAGAGUACGACCACUUUUGGAACUGGGAGAUGGACAUGAGAUAUUCCGGCCAUUACUACCAGUUCAACGAGAAGGUUGCAGAGUGGGCGAAGAAACAGCCUCGCAAAGGUCUAUGGGAGCGCAACAUGCGUUUCUACGUCCCUCAGUACCAUGGAUCGUGGCAAAACUUUACGGAGUUUGUAGAGGCGGAGAUUGAGCACGUGGACAAGCCGAAGAACAACGUCGAGCAAAGUGGUCCUAUCCCGGUAUGGGGACCGGUCCGCGACUUCCCCAAUGGAGGCAUGCUCGAUCCUCCUGACAACGUGACCCCGCUCAUCACCUACGAUAUGGACAAGUAUGACUGGGGGAUCGGUGAGGACGCUGACCUGCUGACUUUCAACCCCAUAUUUGACCCCUCGCAAACGAAUUGGGUCUUUAGCUGGGACGUCACGGGCUACAGAAGAGACAUGCCACCGCCACCGCGACGAUCUGCUAUUGUCACUGUUUCACGUCUGUCCAAACGACUUCUCAAAAUCAUGCACGAAGAGACGUGGCGAAUGAGACAUACCAUGUUUCCCGAGAUGUGGCCCCCUUCUGUUGCACUCCACCACGGCCUCAAAGCAGUGUAUGUGCCUCAUCCCGUGUAUUUCGAUCGAGACUGGGAUUUGGAACACAUGGUCCAGGUCUUCAACUAUCCGACGAACACGUGGGACUCGCCCUUUGGCUGGGGAGAGCACAAUAUGCUGGGAAGCAGCUUCUACUACAAUUCCGGCUUCUCGGGCGCGCUGUGGCGAAGAUGGCUGGGACAGCACGAGAACGGGGAAGGCGGACGUAAGCAAGAGGAGGAGGGCACGGGGAGAAUGUGUCUGCAAGGGACAUUGCAUCAUCCGAUCAAGCACGAAAACGCGCCCGAAGACUCAUAACAGGAGCUGCUUGCAAUCAGCUGGAGUGCUGGUUUUGUGCAUAUGUGACAGUAUCGAGCUCAUAUGGGCGGUGUUUGUUUGUUUGUUCGUUUGGCUGUUCUACUUUUUUUUUUUCUUUUUUUUUCUCCUUGUGGGCGUUCUUGUACAGCAUUUCACAGCAUUGCUGGGCGCACCCGGAAAUUUUUCGGCAUGUUUGGCAUGUCACACGUUGGUUGUUCAUCGUCUUUCCACAAGCAAAGACGACGACAACCUUCUGAUGUAUUCUGAUGGGGAUAUUGUUUUUUUGACAGGGCAGGCCUUUUCGAUGAACAACAGCGCUCGCCCGCCACCCCGAUAUGAUGUGUGGAAUAUGAGAUCCUUUGAACACAGAUCGAAAAGAAAAAAGCGCUUUUGCCGUUUUGGUUAGAAAUUCGGCGCUGCCCUGAGGAGGAGGUCGAGGGUGGUGGGUAUGGGUCGGUCGUGACUAUAGAUUUACAGCUAAGAUUAAUGCUAGUCAAUGGUUC